GGUGCACAUGACAUAAGCAAGAAAGAAAAAAGUCAGCAACAUCUCCAAGUGGAAAGAUUCUUCAUACAUCCGAAGUUCAAUGAAGCAAACGAUUAUGACAUUAUGCUGCUUAAGUUAAAAACCAAAGCAAAACUGAACAAAUAUGUGAAGCCCAUUGGAUUAUCUAAGAAAAAGGGGAAGACCCCCGCCAAUGUUGCAUGUGCCGUUGCUGGCUGGGGCAAAACAGCAGCCAAGGGGCCUGUCUCACAUGUCCUAAGGGAAACCACGGAGAAGAUCCAAUUCAGCAGCGAAUGCAAAAAUAUCUGGAAGGAACACUUCAUUACUGAACACAUGAUAUGCACCAAGUUUAACAAAAAGAAGGGAGGACUUUGCCAGGGGGAUUCUGGUGGACCGCUGAUCUGCAACAGCAAACCUCAGGGUAUAACAGCUUUUACUGCCCUGGAUCAGUGUGACAAUCCCAAGUAUCCUCAUGUCUUCACAAGCAUUAAUUUCUUUCUCCCCUGGAUCAAGAAAACCAUGCAGGGGUAGGGGAAUGUUGAAUGAGCCACUAUUCAGAGGCCAAGAA